CAGAACCGGACGUGUCCUUCUGUUGAGGAACGGAAUGCAUUUGGGCAACUUUGUAUCUAUUCAUGUUGCUGAGAUUUAGGCAACAUGAAUCUUAUUUUCCCUUAAUCAUAUUGUAAGAAGUUCUAUAUACAAAUAACCAUGGCAACGCUGAUCGACGCGCCGCCAUUUUCUUAUAUACUUAAUAAUUUCCCUUUCUCACACAUGUAAAUCUAUGUAUGUAUACCUAAGGCAUCAUUGUGCUGCGUCGCAUUUAGUUUAUUCAGUUAUUUCUUAACCGUCAAUCAAUAAACACCACAAAAUUCAUAUACAGUCCACUGAGAAGCAGUUUCAUUUCUGACCAUAGUAAACUUUUGGUCCUUCGAGCCGGAUUGACUGGAGGAAUAAUUCACCACUACACGGAAUAUUGCCUUAAAUGGAGGAAUACAAGUUGCUGGUUGUAGGCCGCCGCAGACUGAAGGGUACGAUCACGAGGAUCGUGUCCUUAGCUGAGCGUUUACCUGCAACACAAACGAAGGAUGGAAUCGAUGUCUUGUUGGAUCGACUGGAUUUGGCAUGGAGCGAAUUCGAGAAGAUUGGCGACAAGAUAUCGCAUCACGAUGCGGUCGAUGGGUACGUAGAUCCAGCCAACGACUACGAGGAGUACGAAGGAAGGUACCUGAGGGCAAGGGAGUUACUUGUCUCAGGAAAGCGCUCACUGGAGCCACAAACAAGCACUCAAAGCAAUGAGUCAAUGCCAGGUAAUGCAGAUGCACUUUUCCGGUUACUACAACAACAACAACAGAUGCUAGAACGAAUGGCGGUUUCUGAAGCAGCAAGUACACCUAUUUCACAAGAUGACGCAAUGAACGCGGUAGCAACGCAUAAUGAACUACCGAAAAUUCAAAUCAAACGUUUUUCGGGAGACUACAAGGAAUGGUCAGCAUUUUGGGAUAUCUAUAAAAGCACUAUCCAUAAGAAGCGACAACUAUCAGAUACACAGAAGUUUCACUAUUUAAAAUCACUAUUGACCGAUGAAGCAGCGAAUCUAAUUGCACAUUUGCCAAUUACUGACAGCGCAUAUGAAACAGCAGUGUCGCGUUUAAACGAGAGGUACGACAGACCACGCCAUAUUGUGUUUUCACUAUUGGAACAGUUCACAAAGCUACCGGAAACAACAAAGAUUGAUGUAUCAGGGCUAAGGAAAGUGACUGAUGGAGCAAACGAAAUAGUUCGUGCAUUGGACGCAAUUGGGGAAAACACACGUGAUUGCUGGAUCAUUUUUCUAAUUUUGCAAAAAAUGGAUGCAGAAACACGUCGCAAAUGGAUCGAGGACAGCCGCGAUCUAAACUCACCAACAACCAAGGAUUUGUUCAAGUUCCUGGAUACACGCUGUGAGGAGUUUGAACUCAGUCAACGACAAAGCAUCGGGGAUGGCAAGAUCAAGCAAGUUGAAAAGGCGAGAAAACCUAUGCAUAUUAUGAUGGCUGUCGAGAGAAGCAAUGACGUCAAGGGCAACAUGAACGGACCCAAUCUGGUUGGAUCUGCGGAUUUUCUGGCGCUUAGUUGUGAACAACGAAGAGCAACGGCAAAAGAGAAAUCGGUAUGUUUUAACUGUUUGAAGCCUGGACACUUUACCAGGCAGUGUGAAUCCAAAUUCAACUGUAGGAUAUGCCAUGCUCGGCAUCAUACUUUAUUGCAUGUACAACCGGCUGGAAACGCGCAAGGCUUUGCAGCAACCACGAUCAAUUCGCAGGAUACGGCACAGACCGUGUCAACAGGAAGGGAGGACCAGCGUAAUCAGGACGCUUCUCACACUACAUCGGUGACAGUCAGUCACAUCGCACGAGCAUACGGCUCACAAUCGGCUGCAGACGCACAAGGUUCUGUAGCAAUUCCCAACAAUUAUGGGCGUCGCCAAAGCACGCUGCCGACUGCAUUGGUAUAUGUCCAAAACGCAAAUGGGAUAUAUACAAGCUGCCGGCUACUAUUCGACAGUGGAUCUGAAUUGUCGUACAUUUCGGAACGUUGCAUCAACGCACUUGGGCUAGCACGUUCAUCAUCACGAAUUCUAGUGUCAGGAAUUUCUGCCAUCAAGGCUGAGGCAACCAGAGGGGUCACUCAGCUGCAUCUCAAAUCUAGAGUUUCGGACAACACUCUUAAGAUUACCGCACACGUUCUAAGUAAGAUCACAUCUUCGCUGCAGAGACACAAUGUCGAUCCAUCAUCGCUCAAUGUGUUGAAUGGAUUCCUGAUGGCGGAUACCAACUUCGCAUCAGUGGCCCCGAUAGACAUUUUAUUGGGGAGCGACUACGUUUGGGCCACCCUAACCGGCCAAAAGAUGCACGACAACAUGGGCAAUCUUAUUGCCAUUUCUUCAAUAUUUGGAUGGGUCACUACAUCGGUUGGAGUUAAUCAUUCUCCAACAACUACAACUCUAUUCUCCACAUGCAACAUUGACACUACACUACAACGAUUUUGGGAGAUAGAAGAAGUAAGCUGCUACGCACACAAGGAUCCAGACGAAGACAAGGUGGAGAAACAUUUCCUCGAAACUCACAAAAGGGAUGACACUGGAAGGUAUAUAGUUGAGCUACCUUUCAAAAUAGCAAACCCGAAAUUUGCAGACACGCUCCAGGGAGCGCAAUCCCGCUUCAUGGCUGUAGAAAGACGACUACAGCACAAUCAGGAUUUACGAGAAAAGUACAUCAAGUUUAUGCAGGAAUACAUCAGUCUUGGCCAUAUGCACGAAAUCAGAACACCAAGCUUCGAUUCAGGCAAUUUCUUCUAUUUGCCGCAUCAUCCUAUAGUUGGGCGAAAACUUAGGAUCGUAUUCGACGGGUCAUUUAAAGACGCCAACGGAGUUGCACUAAAUGACGUAUUACACAUUGGGCCUAGUAUUCAACGCAAUCUCUUUUCCGUAUGCCUACGCUUCAGAAUGUAUUCUCCGCAGAUAUCGUUAAAAUGUUUCGCCAAAUUUGGGCCCCGAUCAUCAAAACUAUCAACGUAUUGUUUGGCGAGAGCAUCCAUCAGCGCCUCUUAAGCACUAUCAAUUAGACACUGUAACUUAUGGAACCGCUUGUGCACCAUACCUGGCUGUACGAGUGUUAGAACAACUGGCAUAUGAUCACAAGGAGCAAUAUCCUACUGCAUCGAAAAUCCUUUUGGAGGAUUUCUACGUAGACGAUGUACUUACUGGAUCGAACAACGAGAAUGAGCUAAUAGCUAUUAGGAAUGAGUUAUUAGAACUCAUGUCACACGCCAAAUUGGAACUCGACAAGUGGGUGUCCAAUUCAUCAAGUAUCUGCAGACGCGAAUCCAGCACCGAACGAGAAGAAGAAGCAGUAAAAGUACUUGGAAUUUACUGGAAUUCAAUCGACGAUCAGCUGAUGUACAAGACAGGCUUGACAUCAAAUCCGAAUUGUACAAAAAGGCAAAUCCUAUCAGAUGUUGCGCGUAUCUUUAACCCUCUUGGCUUAUUAUCGCCGAUUGUGGUUCAAUUUAAAAUCAUGUUUCAACAGUUAUGGCUAUUGGACCUGGGCUGGGACACGAAGCUUCCACCAAACAUUGCCGAACCAUGGCUCAAGUGCAGAGCAGAUCUCGACACGCUAAAAAAGCUGAGAGUAUCACGAUUUGUUCCCAACAGGGAGGACUCAAUUGAACUACACGCCUUUUCCGACGCAUCAACCAAGGCAUAUGCUGCUGCUGUUUACUGUAGGUUUCGACAUGAAGACGGAACAUAUUCGGUUUCAUUGGUGGCUGCCAAAACUAGGGUAGCACCACUGAAACAACAAUCACUACCACGGCUGGAGCUUUGUGGAGCAUUGCUGCUAAGUCGCCUGGUACGAUCACUCAAGGAUGGUUUACGACACAAGGAUAUACAAGUUUAUGCAUGGUGUGAUUCAACAAUUGUAUUAGCCUGGUUAUCAUACCCACCAUCGAAGAUGAAAACAUUUGUCGCAAAUCGCACAUCGGAAAUUCUUGAAACGUUGCCACGACACGCCUGGCAUCACGUAAGCUCAAAGGAAAACCCCGCAGAUUGUGCAUCGAGGGGAAUGACGGCUACUCAGCUCAUGGAAUUUCACCUCUGGUGGAACGGACCAACUUGGCUACACGAUGAAGAUGAGUAUACAGUCAAAAUUCAAAACUCAGAACUCUCUUUGAAUAUUUCAGAAAGCCAUGCACAAGGCGAAUUGAAGACCACAGCCAUGCUCACCUUGAAGGAGAUGGACAAUUCAUUAUCAGAAUUUGACGAACUAGUCCAUCGCGCCUCAUCCUGGCGAAAGCUGGUACAUACCGUGGGCUAUGUUUUACGUUUUAUUCAAAGACUGAGAGAACCACGAAAACGAGUCGAAUCCACGAUACUGUCAUUUGAAGAAAUCAAGGCAGCACAAGUAGUAUGCCUGCGGAACGCACAGGCGUGCUUUGGAGAUGACAGAAGGCUUCUACAAAGGGAUCAACCACUGCGAAACAGGUCGCAGUUAUUCAAGCUAACCCCGUACAUUGGACAGGAUGGUCUGCUACGAGUUGGAGGCCGUUUGAGGCAGUCCCAAUUACCAGAAGAAGUCAAACACCCGAUAUUACUCCCUAAGGCACACCACAUUACGAAGCUAAUCCUGGAACACGAUCACUGGGUAAACUUACAUCCAGGCACAUCUGCACUGUUUGUAAUAGUUCGCCAACGAUAUUGGAUAAUUGGAGCACGCAACCUGAUUAGAAAGGUCAACCACAACUGUAUCAGAUGCUUUCGUCAAAGACACCAUACUACGAAUCAACUCAUGUCCGACUUGCCAAGUAUCAGAAUCACACAAUCACUUCCCUUUGUCAAUUCUUGAUGUGAUUACGCUGGACCAAUUACUCUCAAGGAUCGAAAGGGUCGCAACGCUAAGAAGUCAAAGGGAUACAUAUGCCUCUUCGUGUGCCUCGUCACCUCGGCACUACACCUGGAACUAGCCACUGAUCUCAGCACGAAGACAUUUCUAGCCGCUCUGAGAAGAUUCAUGUCGCUCCGAGGAAAAUGUGCACAAAUCUACAGUGAUAAUGGCAGGAACUUUGUCGGAGCAAGGCGAGCAUUGGACGAGAUGCAACAACUUCUGGCAUCUUCACAGCAUAAGGAUCGAGUCUCGCAGACAUUGGCAGAUGAAGGCACCUCACUGGGGAGGAAAGUGGGAGUCUUCCGUAAGAUCAGUCAAGCUUCACCUGCGCCGCGUCAUUGGCAACACUAUCCUAACGUUUGAACAGAUGCACACCCUAUUAGCACAAAUAAGUGCAGUGGUAAACUCAAGACCACUGUACUAUACACCGGACACCGACGUCACAUAUCUGUCUCCAGCACACCUGUUCAUAGGCAGAUCAUUCACAACAAUUCCCGAAGGCGACAUGAGCCACAUACAGGAAAAUCGACUGGACUACUGGCAGGGAGUUCAAGCACUAUACCAAGGAUUCUGGAAGCGCUGGCACCAGGAAUACCUAACUACGCUACAGCAUCGCCAAAAGUGGGGAACCCCGCAACCCAAUGUGGAAUUGGGAUCAGUUGUUCUCAUCAAGGAUUCGAAUACUCCGCCAGCAGCCUGGCCACUUGCAAGGGUCAUCUCAACUCACACAGGAACAGAUGGUAGAGUUCGUACUGUCAAAUUGAAAACUACUUCAGGAGAAGCCCUAUAACCAAGAUCGCAGUUUUACCAAAUUCAGAAACGAUGUUUCAGGGCGGGCCGGGAUGUUGAGGAACGGAAUGCAUUUGGGCAACUUUGAAUCUAUUCAUGUUGCUGCGAUUUAGGCAACAUGAAUCUUAUUUUCCCUUAAUCAUAUUGUAAGAAGUUCUAUAUACAAAUAACUAUGGCAACGCUGAUCGACGCGCCGCCAUUUUCUUAUAUACUUAAUAAUUUCCCUUUCUCACACAUGUAUGUAUGUAUACCUAAGGCAUCAUUGCGCUGCGUCGCAUUUAGUUUAUUCAGUUAUUUCUUAACCGUCAAUCAAUAAACACCACAAAAUUCAUAUACAGUCCACUGAGAAGCAGUUUCAUUUCUGACCACCUUCUAUGAACAAACAAACAAGUUUACUAUUAUUCGGACUUUAGACUCUGUGUAGAGCUGUGGCUAAUUUCCUCGUGUUGGAAAAACCAAAAGUCACACUGAUUCACAUACACAUUGUGUGUGUAGGAAGGGGAAGAGCAAUGUUGAUCUCAGGGAGAGCCAAAUCUCUCUCUCUCUAAUUGUUCUUUCUCCUUUAUGCUUUUUGAACGUUUUUUGUUUUUUUUUUGUAUGCAUAUGCGUACGCUUACUUACUUCCUUAACGACAGCGAGAGCGUGCAGACGUUGGCGUACAUUUUUUUUUGCUUUCAGUGUGAGUGCAGACUAGCAACAAAAAAAAUUCUAAGAAGCGCAUAACAAUCGAACAGAAGAACAGUUAUUCUCGUAUGAUGGAAAAAGGAAAGAGAAACAUAACACCUUUUAACGGGGAAAAAUAUUCCAUAUGGAAAUUUAGAGUCAGGGCUUUGUUGGAGGAAAACGAUUUACUAAAAGUAAUUGACGAGAUACCAAGUGGUGAUAGAAGUGACGAAGUGAAGCGAGCAGAGAGAAAUGCAAAGAGUCUCAUAAUUGAAUAUUUGAGUGACUCUUUUUUAGUGUUUGCUAACAACGGGAACUCGGCUAAGGAGAUUUUUGAGAAUUUAGAUAAUAUUUACGAGCGUAAAAGCCUGGCAUCUCAACUUUCAUUACGCAAACAACUAUUGGCUUUAAAAUUGAAAGGUGAUUCUCCGCUAGUUAACCAUUUUCGAUUAUUUGAUGAUUUGGUUACUGAGUUAGUUGCGGCGGGAGCCAAAAUAGAUGAAAUGGACAAAGUGUCUCAUUUGCUUUUAACACUCCCAACUAGCUAUGAUGGGGUAACAACAGCGAUAGAAACUCUCUCUGAGCAAAGUUUAACACUAGCUUUCGUAAAGACUCGGCUCCUUGAUCAUGAAAUCAAAUUAAAAGGAGUUAGUAAGGACACAAGUGCAAAAGUGUUGCAGGCUAUAGGCAAUCGAGAGCCUAGGAAUAGCACAUACAAAAACAAAAAAACAAAAUUUGUGAAGAAACAAUUCCAGAAGAAGUUAAUCCCUAAGCUAAAGUGUUUUCAUUGCGGCAAAUUAGGCCACAUGAAAAAGGACUGUUUCUUCUUAAAAAGGCAGGCAGGGGGCAACCAGAAUAUUCAUGUCCAAAGUAAUGUCAGAGAGACACAAGCCCAGAUGGCAACAGCAACGCAGCCAGAACGCUCGUUUGCAUUCAUGACGAACGUAGCUGUUAGAGAGAGACAGACUCAGAUGGCAACCGCGCAGCCGGACUGUGUUUUUGCUUUUAUGAUGAAAUUAGCUAAUUCCAGUGAACAGACAGAUGGCGUAGAUUUCAUAUUAGAUUCAGGGGCGUCAGAUCACAUAGUAAACGAUAUAACUUUAUUUUCUGAGUACGAGAAUGUAAACCCAAGUGUGGCGAUUGAGAUUGCAAAGCGUGGAGAAUUUGUGUAUGCUACUGCGAAAGGACUAGUUAGUCUUAACAAUUCCGGAAACAACAUUGCAUUAAAAAAUGUGCUAUAUUGCAAGGAAAUCCCGCACAAUUUACUAUCCGUGAAGAAGAUGCUAGACGCUGGAAUGUCCGUCCAAUUUAAUCCGGAUGGUAUAAAAAUAAUCAAAGAUGGUAACUUGGCAUUUGAAGGUUUUUGUAAGUAUAAUGUACCGACUGUGAAAUUUUAUUUAAAUAGUAAAGUAUAUACAUCCAAAAGUUUAAAUGAUGCAGAGUAUCGCUUGUGGCAUGAAAGGUUAGGACAUAUUAGUGUAGGAAAAUUCUUAGAAAUUAAACGAAAUAGCUUGUUUGAAGAUGUUGAACUUAUAAAAAACGUACAGCUAAACAAAAAUGAAAUAUGUGAGGCGUGUAUUAACGGAAAGCAAUCUAGGCUAAAAUUUGAGAAAUUUAAAAACAAAGAAAAUAUUGACCGCCCAUUGUUCGUAGUUCAUUCUGACGUUUGUGGUCCAAUUACGCCCUCAACUAUUGAUAAUAAAAACUACUAUGUAGUUUUUGUUGAUCAGUUUACACAUUACUGUGUGACAUACUUAAUAACUUAUAAAUCAGACGUGUUUUUUGUAUUCAAAGACUUUGUGGCAAAAGGUGAGGCUCAUUUCAACUUAAAAUUGGUAAAUCUAUAUAUUGAUAAUGGCAGGGAAUACCUCUCAAAUGAAAUGCGUGAUUUUUGUGUAGAAAAAGGUAUCAGCUAUCAUUUAACGGUUCCUCAUACCCCACAAUUAAAUGGUGUUGCAGAACGGAUGAUUAGAACAAUCACCGAAAAAGCUCGCUCUAUGAUUAACUGUACUAAACUUAAUAAAAGUUUUUGGGGUGAAGCCGUUUUAACAGCAACUUAUUUAGUUAAUAGGUCCCCAAGUAGAGCUUUGGAAAAUAUAAGAAAAACACCAUAUGAGAUGUGGCAUAAAAAGAAGCCAAUAUUAAAAUAU